CGUGGACCUAAUCAAAUAGAAAAUUAUCUUAUCUUUAAAGACUAAAUAACUCAUUAGCUUUCAGUGUUUUGCGAGGUAUAAUACAAUACACAAUGGUUGUUACAGUGGCGGAUCAACUAACAGAGGAACAAAUCGCUGAAUUCAAAGAAGCAUUCUCACUAUUCGACAAAGAUGGUGAUGGCACCAUCACCACAAAAGAGUUGGGCACUGUGAUGCGAUCACUAGGACAGAACCCCACAGAAGCAGAACUACAAGAUAUGAUAAAUGAAGUUGAUGCUGAUGGCAAUGGAACGAUAGACUUUCCCGAAUUCUUGACGAUGAUGGCGCGGAAGAUGAAGGACACGGACAGCGAGGAGGAGAUCCGCGAAGCUUUCCGCGUCUUCGACAAGGACGGAAACGGGUUCAUCUCGGCGGCCGAGCUGCGCCACGUCAUGACCAACCUCGGCGAGAAGCUCACCGACGAGGAGGUGGACGAGAUGAUCCGCGAGGCCGACAUCGACGGCGACGGACAGGUCAAUUACGAAGAAUUCGUCACCAUGAUGACGUCGAAGUGAGCCGGCGGCUAGUGUGUGUGUAAAAGAAUAAAAAUACACUUUUGUUUCAUGACACACAAUAUUAACAUCGUAUUGGACCUGCAUUUCUCUAGUGUUUGCGAUAAAUUCAAUAUUGUCAUCGUUUCAGUUUAAUGGUAUAAUUGUAUAGCGGCGAGGACUAGACUUAAAGUAUUCCGUUAAUUUAACUAUGGUAAGGAGACGGUCGGUGCGGCGCGUGCGCCCCUUCGAUGUAUUUUUUUAGUGAGCGACGUCCGCCACUCCGCGAGGUGGACCGAAGUCCCCGAGUCCUCGCCUUCCUUCUGUCUCGCGCCGAGAGGUUUUUGUAUUUAUUGAUAAAUUGUGUUGUAGUCCAAAUUAAUUAAUUAAGUCAUUAUAAAUGAAUAGCGUUAAAGGAUAUAUUCUGCGUCGCCUCGUCGGCGCUUCCCGUAUAAAUGUAAUUAAUCAUAAUUAUCUUAUAAUUGUAAAUUGACUAGUUUCACUGUUCAUCUCUCGCAUCUGUGUAAAGUCGUCGUAUUUACGGUAUUCAUUAAGAGGUCAAAGUUUACUCGGAGCUCGAUAAUCGUUAACCUAAACUAAAUAGCGGAACCGGAAGUCGUUUCCGGCCCGGUCGCUUCGGAAGCCGCGAGCGUCUCGAUAGAUGUAAUAUUUCUAUUAUCGAACUAAAUAAUUAUCUGAAUUUGACGAGAUCGCUCUGUUGUUGAAUUACAUUUGAUUCAUUCUGUUGUUCAAUUUUACAAAAGACAUACUGAAAUAAAUGUUUCUUCAUUUUUAGGUCAAUAAG